CCCUCCCCCAACCCCUCACCAUGCCACUCCUCAAGCCCCUCGCCAUAAUCGCCGGCGUCGGCCCAGGCACCGGUGCCUCCCUGGCCGCCCGUUUCGGGCGCACCUACACCGUGGCGCUUCUCGCGCGGACCUCGGGUGCAGCAGAGCAGAUCCUUGCGUCCAUCGGCGGGGACGGGAUCGCGGUGGCGACGGACGUAACAGAUCCGGUCAGCAUUGCGGCAGCGUUCGGGCGAAUCCGCGAGGCGUACGCGGACCGUCCGCUCGCUGCCGCGGUAUACAAUGUUGCGAGCAGAGUGAAAAAGCCGUUUUUGGAGCUGAGUCUUGACGAGUUCGAGAGUGGGUGGGCUACGGGGGGGCGCGGCCCGUUCCUCUUCUCGCAGCACGCGCUACCGCUGCUGCUGACCGCUGGAGCUUCGGACACCGCCGGUGCCUACACGCCGUCGCUGAUCUUUACGGGGGCGACGGCGUCGGUCAAGGCCAAUGCCGAGAGCGCGGCGUUCGCGACGCAGAAGUGGGCGCAGCGCGCGCUGGCACAGAGUCUGGCCAAAGAGUUUGGGCCAAGAGGGGUCCAUGUCGCGCACGUCAUCGUUGAUGGCCCGAUUGAUACCCCCAGGAUCAGGGAGAUGUUUAAGGGCGUCGAUGAAAAGGGGCUUAUUGAUCCGGACGCUAUUGCGGACGCGUAUUGGUGGCUGCAUACGCAGGAUAAGAGGGCACUGACUUGGGAGGUCGAUUUGAGGACGGGGGUUGAGAAGUGGUAGUUAAAGGCGGCGGGGAGGGGGGGAUGGAGGAUAUAAUGAAUUUUUUGCUGCUGUACCUAUGGACCAUGUGAAGGAAUGGAGCAUGGACAGAUCGGAGGUGGUGCUAAGUCCGGUCAUGAUUGUAUUCCCGAAUCAUUGUCCCCUUCAUGUUCCACCGCGAAGUAUUGCCUAUGCUUAAACAUGUGCGUCGUAAAUCAUGUCCAAGCGUAUGUAGAUGCGGGGAUAACUAGAGGCCGCCCAUAGGGCUGAUUCGCU